GCGCGCGGGCAGCCAGGCGGCCCGGCGCGGACGGCCCGAGCGGCGGCCCCGAGCAAGCGCGCGUAGCCUUGGGCGGCGCGCAGACGUGCGGCAGCAGGGCGCUGGGCUUGGCGGCGCGCGUGAGCUAGCGGCACAGGAGUGGAUCCAGGCGCUGGCGGCCGGGCGAGCUGAUGCAGGCGCGCGGAGCGGCGGCUCGGCCCGAGCGUGGAGGAGCGGAGGCGCUGCGCGGUAGGCGGGCCCAGGCGCGGGGCCGGGACGGCCCGGGAGCGGAGGCCGCGCGCGUGGGAGCGGACUGGCGAGCGGCAGCGGCGCGAGCAGCGGGCCAGCAGGCGGUGGCAGCGGUUGGUGCGGGCCGCGGCUAACGCAGUGGAGCGGCUCGGGUGCAGGACGCUGGCGGGCACUGGCCGUGAGAGCGCGCACGGUGCGACAUGGCUCGGGUGGCGCAGAGCGGCAGUGAUGCGGGCAAGCGACGCGCAGGCAGGCCGGUGAGCGGAGCGCGGAGCGCAAGCGGAGCUCUGAAGCGCGUGGAGGCUGAGCAGACGUGCGCCGCGGGCGCGAGCUGGCGUGCGGGGCUGGGCAGGUGUGUGCACGAAGAGCCCAAGAGCAGAACGUCGCAGACGGCGCUGGCUCGGCCGGAGUGGCGCAAGCGCGAAUGUGGAGCGCGCAGAUGUGGGCGCGCGGGGGUGCGUGCGCGAUGGUGUACGCAGGAGUUAGCAGCGCAGGGCGGUGGCGUGCAGGAGCUGGGCGAGCGCGAGCGUGCACAGGAUGGUGGCAGGCCGGCGUUGGUGCGUGGCUCGGGAGUAGACGAGACGCGAGCGGGAGCAGGUGAUGUGGCUAAGGCGUGCACGACAGCAGGAAGCAUGGAGGUGCACGGGAGCGAGUGCGUACGCACGGGCGAGUGAAGGCGCAUGUUGCGCAGAAAGUGGACGCAAACUCGUGAGCGGCACGGCUGGCAGUGCAAGAGUGAAUGUGAGCGACGCCAAGCGGGUGGCGCGAACACACGCGCGGUAACACAGCAGAAGCCGGUGGCGUGUGUAGGUGUUGGGUGGCUGGAGCAAAGUGGGCCCACGGGCAUGAGCAGGUGAUGUUGGAGUACGACGUGCCGAGCAACGGCACGCGCAGGAGGAGUUACGAUGGAGAGUUUUUGCGUGAGAUGCACAAGAGGCAGCAAGCUGGAAGGAGAGGAGGCAAAUCGAAGGUGACGAUUACGACGAGGCGAGUCGGAAGGAGGAGUUGUGGAGCGAAGGCGGCAGUUAGGCGUAACGAGCUCGGAGGAGCCUCAAUGCAACCAAGUACGGCAACCCUGCCGGCAAACUUCUUCAUCAACCAUGGAAUCUCAUUAUCGUCGAGCUUUUCUCUUCACCGAUCCUAUUCACCGCGGGAAUUCACUUCCGUUUGUUCUUCUCCACCACCAAGAUACGACUACUUCUGCAACGGUACCUACAAGUUUUCCCAGGAGUUUACGAAGGAUAUGUCUGAAGAUCAAGUGAACGUCACCAAGGAAUAUCGCAAGCCCCGAACCAAAGUUCGGAAGAUGUUAACAUUUCUGACUUCAGACCCACCAAUAAAGGUAAAGCCUUUGAAGAUCCUACUCUUCCCUUCACAUGAUUGA